UGAGUGCGUAGUAAUCGCAAUACAUUCAGUAGUAUGGGUCGCUUUGAUAUAUCUCUGCUCAAGUACAUGACUUCGGAGCAGUUCCGAGUUCUAACUGCUGUGGAACUGGGAAUGCGCAACCACGACUUGGUCCCACAUCGUCUAGUGGCAGUCAUCGCUAACCUCAGACAUGGAGGAGCUCACAAAGUGUUGCGGGACCUGGCCAAGAACAGACUGGUGGCUUACGAGACGUGGCGCAAUGUCCAGGGCUACAGACUCACUAAUCUGGGCUAUGAUUUCCUAGCGUUGAGGUCUCUCGCUAGUAGAGAUAUGUUGUCAAGUGUGGGAAACCAGAUCGGUGUGGGAAAGGAGUCGGAUAUCUAUCUGGCACUGGACGGAAACGGAGAGGAGUGUGUGAUCAAAUUGCACCGACUGGGUCGCACUUCGUUCCGCAAAGUUAAGGAAAAGCGGGACUACCAGAAGAGGGGACGGUUUUCUCAACCAUACGCCUGUUUUGAUAAGCGCACAUGAGUAUUGUUAAUGCUAAUUAUCAAUGAUGAUUAUUAUA